AUGAAGUUGGAGAAAAAGUUGAUUGAUAAUUUUAUUUCGAGAUUUAAGGCAAUAAAUGCGGAUAACAAAUGGAAACUUCCUUCGGGUAGAUUUGUAGAAGAUGUCUUAUAUGAUUGGACAGUGACUCACCAUUCUGAAACACUUGCACAUUCUUUUAUAUUAGACACUGAUUGUCAAGAAGUUAUGGAUCUGUUUAGUCCCGAGGAAAAGGAGACAAUUUUAAAUACUAAUAAAAAGUCUUUUCCGGCCAAAAAUGUCAGCGAUCUUCGACAAAUCGUCAUGGAACCAUAUUUGGAAAACAUGGAGACCUAUAAUCCAAAGUUACAUUAUGAUCUGGAGUGGAUUCACUUAGUAUUCAAUAAAUUUGUUAAUGAAUGGGAACAAGGCGUGAAUGCGUUAGCAGACGAUAAUUUGGAAGCAUGGAUUGUGAGUCAUAUAUGGACUUUUAUUGUCGAUAUGGCAUUAAAGGACAUUGAAGAAACAAAAAUUGGAAAAUCAGAGGGCGGUUCGAAGAUUGACAUAUUACUAAAACUUCGUAAUAGUUCAAGAGAAAUACUAGCUGGUGAGGUCGCUAGAACAGGAGAUAUUCACGAUAGAAAAUAUUUAGGAGAUAGAAUGAAACUAUUAAAACUUAUGAAAGAUAUGUUCGAUUUAAUGAUUGAAUCACUUCCACCAACCACAAUCGAAAAUUACGAGAGUCUUUGUACAUUUGGAAUACAACUUUUCAGCAUUUGCGAAUUAAUUUUGUCUAUAGUUACAAUGUUGGAAUUGAAGAAUGCAAUUCGAGAGAUCUUCCAUAUAAUUGAGAAAAUAGAAAGCGACGAAUUAGAGGCCCAAGUCUUUCAAAGAAAUAAUACAGGUUCUCGAUGGGAACUACACUAA